ACUGAACCCUGCCACACAACUCGGAACGCAGCCCAGACCGUGCUCUGCCGAGUACCAGACCCUGUGUACUGCCGGCGGAACAGGCCAUCUCCCUCCUACCCACAAUCCAGCUCUAGCCUUCUCCCCUAGCCCUUCCGAAACUGUCUACCUACUGUGUACACUGCUGAAUUCCCACGCCCAGCACCUCUUUACCCUCAGAGACCCUUGGGUCCUAGUCCUCUUCCAUCAGAUGCAAGAAUGCAGACCUUAGCCCUCCUCCUUUUCCAGGAACCUAAGGCCCAGCCCUUCUCUCUGACUCCUGUCCUUUCUUUCCUUAGAACCAGAGGUCUGGGCCUCAUGUUUGAACUUUCCCCUCCUCUGAAUUUGACUCCUACUGCUGCGUCAGGAAAAAAAAAAACCAACAGGUGGCACCUGCCGGCAGGGUCUGAACGCGACCACCUGCUGCUGCUGCUCACCCGGGUCCCUCUCCCUGCACCUGCUCCUGUCAGUCGCCUGUGACCGCCCCACCCAACCCAACAAACAGCCCCGGACGCGGGGGAGGAGACAGUAGGGGGACCCUCGAAUGUGAGCCCGCCCUGGUCCUCCCCGCGUGUGUGCCCGCCCCUUCUCCGGGUCCUGACAGGGUUUCUGACCCAAGGCCUGCUCCCCACGCUCUCACUUGCCCCAGAAGGGGAGUCGAGGGCGGUCCUAGGCUGGUGGGCGGAGCCUGAGGUCUCCAGGCCAGUCCGGGAGACUCCACCCGCUUCAAGGCACAGCUGAGUAGCUGAGCGGAGCCCACCUGGUGAGAAGCCCCCGGGGUGGAGACAGGGACCCUCCUUAUUACCCUUCAUUCACCGGUUUGGUUCCCCUUUCUGGUCCGAAUACCUUUUCCACAGAGCCUGGUGCAUGACAUUGAACCCAUUCUGUUUUAGGUGUUUGUUGCAGGAACCCCUGCAUUGCCCAGACACCCGUCAGCCUCUCUGAUUCUCUGUUGACCCAGAAUCUUGGAUUCUAGUCCCUAAGAGCAUGAAGUUCUAGUACUUAACUUCCUUUUCCUUCAGGAUUCAGAGUCCAGACGACUACUUCCUGCACUUUCAAAGACCCAGAGGUCCAGAUUCCAAUGCUCUCCUUAGGAUGCAGGCGUCCACGACUCAUCCUUCCUCUACCACCAAGGUCCAGGAGCUGAGACCCCAGCCCUCUUGCUCCAGACUCAGGACUCCAGCCCCCCUCUUCAGACACAGUAGUCCAUGAGCAGGAACUCCCUCCCUCAAGCCCAGAACUCCCGCCUCAGCCCUCCACCUUCAGUCCUAGGGGCCCAAACCCUAGCCCUGGUCUCUCACACCAUGGGUCUGGGUCCCAGCCCUCCUUUCUCAGACCCAGGGGUCCAGGGCCUCGUUGUCCUCCCCUAGACCUGGGUAUUGAAGACCCUACCCCGCCCAGAAGUUUGCCCAGUCCUCACCUCUGUCUCGAAUCAGUUAUUGUCUCCCAAAUUUCCCUCGGACGGCAACCUUCUGUCAUCCACUCUGACCCCACCGUCUGGCGGCCCUGCCUUCCUCUCUGUCCAGGUUUCCACCCCAGCUUUGGCAAUGACCCUGGCAGCCUCCUCCCAGCGCUCCCAAAUCAUCCGUUCCAAGUUCCGCUCUGGUGAGAGGUUGCUUGUCUAAGAGCAUGUGGGGAGGGGUCCUGGAUCCAGGGCCCAGGGUCCCAGCAACACUCCCCGUGGGUGGCUGGAGGGACCCAUGAGCUCACAGGUUAUGCAUGUUAUGGAGUAAAGUGGGCAAGCGCAUGGUCCGCUACGCCGCAGGUGGGGACAGCCGAGGCUGCGUGUGCUGCAAAGGACUUAAAUUGACCUAUAGGCAAAGCAGAAGAGCCCAGGGGACUCGAGUGGCAUGGAUGUGUGGCUGGGGACCAAGAGUAUCAAGCCUUGAAAGUGUUAUUAGUCAUGAUCUGUGGCCAAAUCAAACAGCUCUGAACACUCAGAGAGGGGCAGACAUGUGCACUGGGUAAUCUCUGCUCAAAACAGAGGGUCAAGGCUUGAGUGAGUAGCAUUCAUGUGGAUGCAUGCCAGCGAAGAGGAAGCCAGGGUGGAAAAUCAUGAAAGCAGCAUCUGUGCAAAGCUAGAGUCCGGGGAGAUUUGAGCUUCAGGGGUAGGUUUGCAGGGUGCUGGCUGUGUGGACUGCCAGGGCAACACAGAAAAGAGUGCAUGGAAGUGAGGUGAUGAUGGGUCAGCCUGGCAAGAUGGCGACUGUACCAGGGUGGGCACAGACUCCUGAAGUGGCAGGUGGAGCCUGGAGCAUGGCUACCUCCUGGUUGCAGGCUGGCUGGCGUACAGCCUCAGGAGUGGCUCUGACCCAAGAUGCUUUGCUGGCAGGAGCAAGCAAGAGGCCCUGGGAAGGGAGAGGGAAGAGGCUGCCCGCCCACCCGCCCUGGGAGUGUGAAGGGGCUGGGCUCUCAUGUCCCGCCAACAACUGUAGCUCCCACCCAUCAGCCAAGCCAGGCUCUGGACACUCCCUUCCUGCCUUCCUUGUCCCACCUCUCGCUUCCUUCCACACAGUCCUGCAGCUUCGGAUCCACAGACGGAAUCAAGACUGUACCUCUGAUUCAGAUCCAUGGAUCUCAGCCUCAGGCCCUGCUCUUGCUCCAGCUUUGCCCCCUGCUCCUGCUUCUUUCCUUGUCAGCCCUGGCGUCUUGUCCCCUGAACCAACAUAUUGUCCUUGGAGGUCUCCAAAGAAGGAAUCUUCCAAGAACUCCCAACACUGGAAGGAGCCCAAGGUCAGGGGCAAUUUGACAUAUCACCUGUACAUGCCUCCAGAACGGAGACAAGGGCCUAGGGAAGAUCUCCAAGCAGAGGGGUCAACCCUGGGUCCCCCAGGGCCAUCACUGUGGGAGGAGAAAAACUCACAGAGGCCACACCCUCGGAUGAAGCCCUCCUCACCAGGAAACUCCAGGCCCUCACCCCCUUCACACAAGCUGGAACUUCAGACCCUUAAAUUGGAAGAGCUGACGGUCUCAGAGCUUCGGCAGCAGCUGCGCCUACGGGGACUCCCAGUCUCCGGGACCAAGUCGAUGCUGCUGGAGCGCAUGCGCGGUGGCGCCCCGCCCAGAGAACGGCAGAAGCCCCGGCGUGAGGACAAAGAGGCUGCGGCUCCCUGGCCGCGCCUUAGGCCUAAAGCUCUGGGACAUACCAGGCGGCCCGGCACGGUAAAGACGAGUGCAACGACUCGUAGGCUGCAAUUUUCUGGAGCUGCGGAUCCUCUGGGGGCAGCUCCGGCUCCGUCUCCGGCUCCGGCUCCCACGCCGGUUCAGGCCCCCGCUCCCGCUUCAGCUUCGGCUCCAGCUCUUCCAACUCCCUUUCCAACAUCUCCAGCCAGCCUGACUCUGGAGGAGGAGCUGCAGGAAGCGAUCCACAGGGCGCAGCUGCUUCCGAAUCGGGACAUCGAUGACAUCCUGGAAGACCAAGAGGAGCCAGAUGACCUGCUGCCUCCCAUCCCCUUGGACUUCCCUGGCUCGUUUGACGUGCUGUCUCCCUCUGCGGACUCGGAUGGCUUCUCUUCCGUUUUCUCUUCUUCACUCCCAUCCCCCACAAGCUCCCUGUCCCCGUCUCCAAAGGCACUUACAGAUUCCUUGGACUGGCUGGAGGCCUUGAGUGGCGGUCCACCGCUGGACUCUGGGCCUCCAGAGCCCAGCAUUUUCUCUGCAGACUUAUCUGACCCCAGUGGCACUCGUCUUUGGGAACUGCUUCCAGAUGCGUGAUGAAGGACCCUGGGGUUUCCCAGGAGAGGUCAUCUGCCCCCACAAAGACCCUCCAACUACAGAGCACUCAAGACUCAAGAUGCCCUUAUCCCCUCCUGGCCCACUGCUGCUGAUUUGUCAAAUGCCUGGACCUGCCUACCUGGCCUCUGUGUGACACCCCACCCCCACCCCUGUCUGUGAAGUUAAGGGUGGGAAUUCGUUUGCUACUGCCCAAUGCAAACAAGCUUCCUGCCUCCUUCAGAGCCCUGCAGGGUGUGUGUGCCACUUCCUCCAGGUGCUGGUGGCUGCCUCUCAUCUGGGGAUCUGAAAGUUUGUGCUGUUUGGGUUCAUGAAAGGAUGGGGCAAGGGAGUAGAAGAAGGCAGACCCCUGAGUUCUAGAGAGAGGUGAGGGAAUCAGAAGCUCCUAGUGGGAGGUGACUGUGAACUCCCUAUGACCUUGAACCUAUGAGUGUUGUGAUUAUACCUAGCUUUCUUGUUUUGUUUUUGUUUUUGUUUUUUGAGAGGAAGUCUUGCUAUGUAGUACAAACUGGCCUCUAACUUGUGACAAUACUCCUGCUUCAACCUUCUGACUGCUGAGAUUAGAGAUGUGAGCCACCAUACCCAGCUCUCAUGGUUUGUUGAAGGGCUUCCAGGAGCCAGGUGGGGAGAGGAAUGGCCUAAGGGAAGCUAGAAUGUGACCUGGGGUUCACCUCAUGCCCUGAGGACGUCUGCCUGGUUAAUUAAACUGUGGGUCUCCUUGAGUUUAAGCUGGUGAAACUGAGCCUUUGCAUCUGUGUUUGGGCUCAUUAACAACCCCUAAUCUAACAACAGUUGGCUAUGGUGCACUGGGCUUUGCAGGGCAGUCACUCAGCUCCACAAGGGGCUGGAGAGGAAUGUUGCCAUCCCUAUGCCCAGAUGGGUGAGGACAUUCAAUAUGGCUCAUUCAGACAUGUUGGCACAAUGGGUGGAGAUGGGGAGAGGGCUGAGCCCAGCUGGAUGUCUGAGCCCUUCUUGUUCUCCAUGAGGCCUCAGCGCUCCUCCCCACAUGUUCUCUCACCUAGGCCCCUAGACUUCCAAGAAUGAAUGUUCAGCUUGGAGUUCAGGUGUUAGCAUUCAGGGAAAUUGACAUGAAGAGCUGAGGCAGGAGAAUCAGAAGUCCAAGAUCAGAAGUUCAACUAUAGAGAGUUCAAGA